AUGAUCAUCACCGGUGAUGACUCUCAGUUCAUUGAUUUUGUGAAGAUGCGCCUCAGUGAUAAGUUCUUGAUGUCUAAUCUUGGUCCUCUUCAUUACUUUCUUGGCCUUGAGGUCUCUUCCACGCCUGAGGGCAUCUACCUCUCCCAGGAGAAGUAUGUUCAGGAUCUUCUCUCUCGUGCCGCUCUCACAGAUCACCAUACUGUUGAUACACCCAUGGAGCUGGGUGUUCACUUGCGCGUCACGGAUGGUGAACCCCUUGCUGAUCCGACUCGCUAUCGUCAUCUUGUUGGUAGCCUUGUCUAUCUUGGGAUCACUCGUCCUGACAUCUCUCACGCUGUCCAUAUACUGAGUCAGUUUGUCUCUGCUCCCACCCAGCUCCACUACGCCCACCUUCUUCGUGUUCUUCAGUAUCUUCAAGGCACCACUUCUCGCCGGUUGUUCUUUUCUCGCUCUAGCCCUCUCCACCUUCAGGCGUACUCUGAUGCGACCUGGGCUAGUGACCACUCUGAUCGUCGUUCUCUUUCUGCCUAUUGUGUCUUCCUUGGAUCAUCCUUGAUUGCUUGGAAAACCAAGAAGCAGACAGCAGUUUCCCGUUCGAGUGCUGAGGCUGAGUUGAGGGCUAUGGCGACCGUGACAGCUGAGAUCACCUGGCUUCGAUGGCUCCUUGAGGACUUUGGUGUGACGGUUUCCACACCAACUCCUCUAUCUUCUGACAGCACUGGUGCGAUCAGUAUUGCGCGUGAUCCAGUCAAGCAUGAACUCACCAAGCACAUUGGGGUUGAUGCUUCCUACAUGCGAUCGCAGGCGCAUGAUGAGGUUGUGGCCCUUCACUAUGUCCCUUCGGAGUUUCAGCUGGCAGAUUUCUUCACGAAGGCUCAAACAAGGGUGCAACAUGAUUAUUUCCUCUCCAAACUCAGUCUUGUAGACCCACCAUGA